AUGUCAUUCAUCGCAAGGGGAAUCAAAAACAGAGGGAUAUCUCCUCGCUUUCAACCGAUACGCACGUUCAAGUUAUUUAUUAGACUGUCAAAUGGCUCAUUUAGGUCUCCCUCAGAGGCUUUGACCGUCGCAAGAGUACUUGAGGAGAAAUAUGGACGCGUGACAAGCAUACAGUUUGCUAGAAAUCCUGAUACACAUCAGCUUCUCAAUCAUGGUUGGAUUGAGUUUGAUAAUGAUAGCCCUGACCUAGAAAAGCCUUUCAUACAAGUCCCGAUACCGAAAUCCAGUCCGAAGAGUAACCUCACUACUUCAUUGGAGGAUAUUAGGCAGGCUUUUACUAGAAAUCCUGUCAACGAUGCACAGAAGAUAUUGGAAAUCAAAUUAGAGCUUGCGAUUGAAAAUCAAGUUGUUGAUAAGAAAACGAGUACUAUUGAUUUAAUCAGUCGGUAUGAGUCUAUGUUGCGUUUUAACGGUUUCAAGGGCAGCUUAGAAGGUAUUAAGAAGGAUAUCGAGUUGAAAUUGGAGAGCAAAGGUGUUGAUACAAACCAGCUCCAGCGGAAGUAUCUCAUUGAAUUAGAGAAUCAAAAGAAGUCUGAGGAAGCAACACCUGCUAUAGAAACACAAACGAACGUCUCUGAUCAGGACUACCAUACGCUUGCCACUCAAUCUGCUUCAUUCACACCUGCAACACCUAGAUUACAGCUGAGUAGACGUAAGCAGGUUGUACCUGAGAAGACAGAGACGGAGACGGAGACAGAGACGGAGACACAAGCACAAAGACAAGCAGAAACAGAUACUAAUAAAUCACCUGUUUCAUCAACAUCGACAUGGACAGCGCCCGCAUCUCAUUCUGUAAAAGCAGAUAACACAAAAUCUGCUUCAGAAGAGAAAGCGUUCAGGGCAGGUAUAGAAGCACAUAAGCGAGCACUUGAAUUGCAGGAACAGAAGGAAAACGAGCGUCUGGAGGCUGCAGAGAGUGAAAGAUCUCAAUCCAAGGAGAAAAAGAGAUCAAUUUGGAAUUUAUUUGGGUGA